AUGGCAGCUUCUACAGCAUUAUCUUCAGGAAUUGCCAUAAGACAGUUUCAUUGCAAAGCAAUGAGGAGGACCUCGCUCAGCGUCUUUCCCGAAAGCACUAUCAAGCUUCAAAAUGCUAAAAUCAGGCGUCUGCCACAGCCGAAAUUGAAUGGAAGGAUCCAAAGAAGACCAUUCCUGCCAUUGGCUUUGGCUUCAGACGGUUAUGACAUAAGUUUAAAUUCAGCAUCUGAAGCGAUUACGCAGUUCUAUGAUGGCAUUAAUGAGAAGAACUUAAAGAAACUGGACAAGCUGUUAUCUGAUAAUUGUUUCUGUGAGGAUUUCUCCUUCAUCAAGCCUUUCCAAGGGAAACAGGAGUUGAUGAAAUUUCUCGAGCAAUUAAUCGCAUCUAUGGGCCAGAAUAUGGAGUUCAAAGUUGAUCAUAUUUGUGAAGGUGAUGAUCUGACCGCUGCAGUUAAGUGGCACUUAGAGUGGAAGAAGAAACAGGUUCCUUUCACCAGAGGAUGCAGCUACUACGAAUUAUCAAGGGAUAGAGAAAGACUCCUCAUCGAGAGAAUUCAAGUUGUUAUUGAGUCACCAAUAAAACCUGGAGCCUUAUCAUUGGCACUACUCAAGAUGAUUACAUCAAUUUUUGAUGCUUUCCCAGAGCCUGCAGAGCGGUUCCUAAAAAGUCCCAAUGUCAUAUUUCAGCUGUUACUAAAGGUUUACAACAUCAUUGCCCAGCCAAUUCUAAACCCAAUAUUGUCAUGGUACAUCAAGUUAUGGAGUUUUAUAGUCAAUAUUAUCAGCUUCACUCUUAAGAUCUUGAAGUACAUCGUAAAGUUCAUAAACAUAGCAGCUAUUUACAAUUCAAGGGAAAACUCGAAAAAGCGACCUUACAUCAUCAACAUUCAAUCAUCGGUGCUGUCGCGCUUUAACCACGAGUCCAACAAUGUCAGAGCAACUAAUGGUCCAACAACAGGUGGAAGUGGAGGUGGCCUGCUAAAAGCAACAAUAGGCUCUGCUGGAUUGGCUUCCUCCUUUAGUUCUCUUCCCCCGGCCGGAUCAUCAGUCUCUAGUUUUCUUGGAAUCAAGGUGCGGACUGUCCAGUUUAUUGAAUCAGAAUUCUGUUUAGUCUAA